UUUGGAGCUAUUACUAGGGUUUGAAUCAACAUUUACCCUUGUCAACAAGUCGGCCUUAAAAUCCCCUGGAACGCCUCACAUGUUUCCUACUAUUUUAGCCGUGAUUCAUUGGCUUGUACAUAUUGCAAUGUAUAACGAGCACCUUGCAAAUUCCACGCAGUCACACUGGAUUUCUGGUGACAACAUGUUCAUCUAUACUCUGAAUACUUACCUGCUUUACAUAAAAGGUAACGACGAUGCAAUUGAAAGGGAAGAUGAAAAUUUCAUGGAGAAGUUACACCAGGAGAAAAUCUCUUUUGAGGAGAAUAUAUAGGUCAAAUCAGGAGAUUUGAAGGAUUUGGAGGCAAAACUAGAGACAAUGAAGUCUGGGCAAUCAGAGUUCGAUCCGGGAGGAAACAGUGUUUUCCUACAUUCAUGAUCUUAAAGCUGGAAGGGGAAAUUUCAUACAUUCCAGUGGUCAGGGAUAUUAACAACAAACGUGCGAAUGAAGAAGUGAGCUUCAAAUAUCAACAAAUGGGUUUUCUGAUUUGAGUGUUGUGGCAGAAAGUGAAUUAGGGGUUGUUUUUCUUGUACCAUGUUACCUCUUAAUAUACCAAUUAUUUUAUAACUUUUUUUGCUUUAUAUAAGUUGAACUUUUUUUAAUGCUCUUUUUGGUAAGAUUGAAUGAAUUAAUAACUACUGGAGUGAAGGCAGCACAGACAAAUGGAUUAUCUAAUAAAAACCAUGGAUGGUUGAUGGGGCUGGACUUCCACUUAAUGUUGCAGACCUUCUACCUACACUGGUAAAGUUGACUAAAAAAGUUACUGAACAAGUGAGACUUCUAGCAGGUCACUACGUACCCCAACUUGCUUCUCUCAUUCUCUCAGAAAACAAUAAAACUAACGGAACAAACAUUAAUCUUCGUGGGAUUGCGAUUGGGAAUGAUGUGAUAGAUGACAAUGCAACUGGUGAAGGGAUUUAUGAUUACUACUGGACACAUGCUCUAAACUAUGAUGAGACAAAUGAAGGGAUCAAUGAGUAUUGUGGCUAUGGUUCUGGGAAUUUCUCAGCAGAGUGUCUUCAUUAUCAAAGCCAAUCAGGUAGUGAAAAUGGUGAGAUUGAUAUUUACAACAUCUAUGCACCAUUCUGUGAUGGAAGUAUCCAGAAACAUGCCACUAGAUCUAUGUGCAAGAAGCUCUUCAUGUUCAAAAUACCUCAUGGUGGUAUUGGAAUGAUAGACAGCCCAACACCCAUUUUGCCUACUAUCACUCAGCUUAUUGAAAAUGGAAUAAGUGUUUGGAUAUACAGUGGUGACACGGAUGGAUGGGUCCUAGUAACAUCCUCAAGUUCAGUAAAACCUGAUGUUCUAGAAGAGGAAAGAGAAGGUGAUUUUGGGAGGUCACAACCUGCCUGUGAUGCACUGUCAAAAGGUCUUGAAGAGAAAAAUAGAUGUCCAACAACUCCGGUGGUAUGGCUACUGUUUAUUUUCCAUGAUACCAGUUAACAUUUGGUAUGAAUCCCUAGAACCCUAGUUGAAGUGCUAGAAGGGAAAAGUCUAAGAGACAAUGGCUGGAGGAACUGGCUAAAAUUUCAGAAAAGGUGAGCAAACAAAUGUUGGAACUGUAUGAACAAAACAAAGUGGCACUAGCUUAGACAAGUGAAGUGGUUGACGGGACUACAGGUGGCGGGUGAAUCAAAAGGGGGUUGCUGCCACGAGAGCUGUUGGAUAUUUUUUGAUGAAAUGCUUUGGUUAGAUAUUUUUUUUCCAUAAAAGACUAAGUGAAUUGCUUGAAUUCUAGAGAAUAUAAAGGUUGCAAUUUCAGGUAAUUGAUUACAAAAUGUGUCUCAUAGAGGCAGGAAAGUAAUACAUCAAACAAGGGUAAAUAAGCAAUUUGGUAGCAUCAAAUUAGUCGCUAAAGAAUCAAAAAAUCAUAAGAAAUUUUACCCUACUUAUCAAUCUAAUAAUCCUAUAAUGGAAAUUAUAAGUUGGUUAAUAAAAAAAUACAUUAUAAUAAUGAGUUUUUUUUAAUUGUGAGUCUCUCAAUUGCAUCAAUUCAAACUACAUUUUGUUAUUUUGUAGCUUUGAAUACUGAUUGAGGGUUAGUCUUGGACCUGUUGGAGACUUGGUGUUAACAUCUCGUGUCAGAAAUACAAACACAGAUCGAAAACCAUUUUCUUUCAUUGUUGCAUGUAAAACCUAUUUUUCUGUUUCAGAUAUUAGGUAUUAAGUUUUUUCGUUCUUUUCCAUAUAUAUAUAUAUAUAUAAUCAUGUUAGAAUUUGGUUAAUAUUAGUUCCUAUCAAAUGGACUUAAUAUCAUGUUUUUUAUUAUUGCAUCAUCUUAGUUGUUCCCAAUAGAAUGGUGUAGCUGUGUUUUCAAAAAGGAUUCCAUUCACUUGUUUCAGUGAAAUCUGUGUAGAAGGAUUGAAGACACUGAAAUUAAGCACAAGAUACGGAAGGUAGAUCCGAUAUGGAACAUGGAGGCUGAUGUUACAAACAUAUUCCAGUAAGAAACAGAGUUAGAUGAUUAUUUGAUAGUUUUAUAGGAAUGUAUAACCCAUGUUAGCAUUGUAUUAUUUUUGUUUAACAUUUGAAUGAUUAUUUGUAUGACAUAUUAAAAUUUGUACAAUUUAUUUUAUUUUUUGUGUAUGAAAUUUUAUUUUAUAUUA